CUGCAAUUCUUGAACUAUAAUGGCGAUCUCAAUGACAUCCACAAGGCUCAAUUUUUCACAUAAGCUGCCAUCAUCAUUCUCUUCUCCAAUAAGAAGGCGUUCGUUAAGGCCAGUGCGCUGCAAACCCCUCCAACAAACACAAGAACAGUUCUGGAAGGAGGACAUUGGAAUUAUAUGUGAACCUUGUGGAGGAAAGGGGUGGUUGCUUUGCAGUUUUUGCAAUGGACAGAAGACCAACGUCAAAGCAGAAAACAACCGGAUCUACCGACGCUGCCCAUCUUGUAGAGCUAUUGGAUAUGUUUUAUGUUCAAAGUGCAAAGUUUUUAAAUGCGUUACCUUUCCAAACUACAGUGAUGGUGAGCUCUGAUUCUUUGUAACAAUUGGCUGUUUACAGUUUCAGUUUUGUAUUUUUUUCCCGGUUCUAGUUUGAGUGGAGCCAAGGGCAAGUGUGCACUACUAGUAACUAAGUGGUUAUGUGAUGCCUUAUUCUAUUAUUUGUGGAUGUAAUCUGAAUUAUUAACUUAAUACCAAAUGAAUAUUCAAAUGUUCAUCC